AUGGUUGGCCUGCAUCCCCUGCACAGGGUACAGCUGGCGGUGAGGGCCCCAAGGGAAAUGACAAUGGGGCUAGAGGUGCCUGAGCCGGUCAGUGUCAGUCAGGCUGGAAGCUGGUCCCCAACGAGCAUGGCCCAGGCCCUGGCGGUCAGUCAUGAGGGUCCAAUUCUGGCCAUGGAAGGCCAAGAUCAAAGCAAUACUUGGUCCAGGCAUUUAGGAGAGCUGCUAGCAGUGAAGGGUUCUCAGUCACAUCCACAGUUCCUGGUGUACAUAAAAUCACCCAUCGGCACCCCCAACCCUCGAGAACUGGAAAAUGCGACCUUACCACCUUCCAGAAGGGCUGUGUCUCUGCUCCCUCUUCAGCUGGUGCUGCCAGAAUACUCCAUCCAUAGCCUCUUCUGCAUCAUGUUCCUGUGUGCGCAAGAGUGGCUCACGCUGGGGCUGAAUGUCCCUCUACUUUUCUAUCACUUCUGGAGGUAUUUCCACUGUCCGGCAGAUAGCUCAGAGCUAGCCUACGACCCACCGGUGGUCAUGAAUGCCGACACUUUGAGUUACUGUCAGAAGGAGGCCUGGUGUAAGCUGGCCUUCUAUCUCCUCUCCUUCUUCUACUACCUUUACUGCAUGAUCUACACUUUAGUGAGCUCUUAACGCAAAGACCGUGCACGUCAUCAGAGACUGAGAUGGGAGAGACCUCAGACGGAGAGGUGCAUUUCUGCUGGUGACUGGAGGAGGGACCAGAAUGGGGAUAUGUGAGAAAUAGACCCAGCAGGCAGUCUGACUGAACGGGAGCUGGGAUCACGCAGCCAGCUGGGAGCCAAGUUAACCCUGCGUGUCUGUUGUUGCCCUGUGUGUCAAUCUUCGGCAUUCGAAUUCCACAUACAGGGUCCUAGAGCCCUUCUGAGCAUCAGUGGUGUGGGGGAGUAGGUGACAAAACACUAGACCUCUCCUGAGAGAGAAUUGCUGCUUCCUGAAUCCACUUCAUUGAACAGCACCUUGCAAGUUCACACUGAGUUCCUGGGCCAUGGGAGCGGAGGCUGGAAGGCUGCAAGGUGCUUGCUAAGGAUCAGAAUGACCCAGAGUCAAGGCCAAGUCUGCAGGGACCUGUUGAAAGCCUCGAGAAUGCCUUGGCUGCCCCCCAAGACUCUUGUUGCCUUUCUUCCAAGCCGUGGCCACACCCUUUUUCUCAAAUGGGAGGGGCUGGAGGGUGUGUGGGAUUUGCCUUCAGCUGUAACCAGCCUUGAGCUCGCGGGGCUGUUUUCAGCUGAGGAGGGGUGAAUAUAGGAAAAAUGGAUUUUUGAAACGUUUGCAACAUGUUCAAGGUGUUAGUUCUCCACCACACAGGUUGUAUUCUUCUUUUGCCACCUCAAACCAUCAGAAUCAUUUAAUGCAAAUCAAUUGGUCAAUGCUAGUCAAAGCUAUGUUCUUACAAAAACCCCAGACAGCUCAGAGCUCAGAAAAUCCUGUGGAGUGGCUGCUCUGUACCAUGGGCAUCCGGCAGCCAGGAAGUGAGACAACAUAAUUAUAACUUCGUUUUAUGAUGCUGCAUCAUUUGUACUGUUUAGGUCGACAUGAGGACAUCAUCUUAUUUAGAAUUUUCCAUUUGGCAAUCUCUUUUGGGUGGGAGUUGUGCUGGGGGUUGUAAAUAAUGACAAGGCUGAGAUUUUUAUGAUGUUUAAAUUGGGCACAAUGAUUUUGACCUUAUUCCCCAAACUUCUUUUCUACUGUUUAACAUACACAGGCUAUUUAUACACAUCCCCAGCUCCCAUCUGAAACCUGUGACUCAGGUUUAUGAAUGGUGUUUGUGUAGCAACACAUUGUGUGCUAUGUUUAUUAAAAUGCAGCGACAA